AUGCCUAACUUGGACCUGGACCUGGACCCGGACCCGGAACUGGACCCAGACCAGUCCCUGUCCCUGUACCUGACUGGAGAAGAGCACAGGACCCCCUUCAUCCUCAUCAUCAUCGUCAUCACGGCGUCCCCUUUGUGCGCGUCUAUCAGCGCAAAUAUUUGCGAUGCAGACCCCCACCGAACCAUGCACCAGUUCCACGCGGCCGCGGCCUGCGCCGAGGAUGCGCCGUGCUCGGGCCCCUCCAGCCCGGACUCCAACUGCGGGGGCAGCCCGGCGGCAGCGGCGGUGGCGGCGGCCGUCAAGGUGAGGAGGCCGCUGAACGCCUUCAUCAUCUGGACCAAGGAGGAGCGCAGGCGCCUGGCCCUGCUCAACCCCGACCUGGAGAACACCGACCUCAGCAAGAUACUCGGGAAAACGUGGAAGUCCAUGCCUCUGGCCGACAAGCGUCCGUACAUGCAGGAGGCCGAGCGCCUGCGGGUGCAGCACACCAUCGACUACCCCGACUACAAGUACCGACCUCGCCGCAGGAAGCAGCUGAAGAAGAGUGCCAAGAUGGCCGUCGCGGACCCCCUGCCUCUCUCCUGCCCCGCCCCCGGCUUCAACCUGAACUACAACCUCACCUGCCUGCUCCAGAACCAGCAGAACCAAUUCCGCAACAGCUUCCCGGCCACCUAUCCCGCGCCGGGCCACCCGGCGACUGCAUUUUGUCAGGAGGCGCCCACGCCGGACGCGUUCCGGGGUUCAUACCCGACCGAGCCUCACCUGCGCUUCGGGGAGCAGCGGUACGCAGAGCGGGCCGAGUCCAGGUUCUUCAGCGGACCCUCGCUGGAGUUCUACCUGGAGCGGGUCCAACUGGACACCCUGUACGAUCUGGACCGCAGCGAGUUCGAACAGUACCUGGGUCCGCCGGGACCCCACAGAAACGACGCGGCAGAUCCCGGCUGCUACCACAGAGAACAACGCUCGCUAUCCUGA